UGUCCUACAUAAUAAUGUACCAACGUGGUCAACUAGAUUGUGAUUCAAUUAGAUAUCACAACUGUACAGAAUAUAAUUUUACAGAUUGAACUAAUCAAACAUUCCAUUCCAAUAAAGAUCUGAAACUCCUACAUUUUUUAAGUCAAAAAAUUUCUCAAAUUUGAUUCAAAAAAAUGGAAGAACAAGAAAACGGGGAAAUUAAGGCUUUAAUUAAGGUAUGGUUUAAGGUAUUAAUCUCUUUCAUUUAUACUUAUUUCAUAGUUUCAAAGCUUCCAAAAGGUAAAAUCAGAUUAAUUUCCUUAUUACCAGUUUUCUCUGUUUUUACUAUUCUCCCAUAUUCUUUAUCUACCCCAACAACAGCAGGAUUAACCGGUUUUUUCAUUACUUGGCUUGCUAAUUUCAAGUUAAUCCUAUUUUCCUUUAAUCUUGGUCCAUUAACCCAUGAUUUACCAUCUAAAUCUUUCUUUAAUUUCAUCUUAAUUGCUGCUUUUCCUAUCAAGAUUAAGAAGAUUGGAAAAGACCCUUUUACCCCUACUCAAAAAUUACCACUUAGUUUGCCGUUGAAGGUUUUGAUUUAUUCAUUGAUUAUUAUCGCGGGGUAUUUUAGUAAUUACAACAAGAGUUUGCACCCUAAUGUUCUUUUAGGGGUUUAUUGUUGUAUAGUGUACUUAAAUUUGGAGAUUGUUAUGGGUGUUUGUAAUAAAAUUGUGGGGUCCAUCCUAGGGUUGGAGCUAUCUCCACCGUUCGAUGAGCCUUACUUAUCGACAUCGUUGCAAGAUUUUUGGGGUCGAAGAUGGAACCUUAUGGUAUCAGAUGUACUACGUUACACUGUAUAUUUUCCAGUAAGGGCAUUUUGGGAAAAUCAUAUCGGGAAGAGGUGGGCCCAAGUAGUGGCUACUAUGGCUGCUUUUGUGGUGUCUGGGUUGAUGCAUGAGUUAUUGUUCUUCUAUAUUACACGUGCGAGUCCCACGUGGGAAGUCACGUGCUUCUUCUUGCUUCAUGGGCUAUGCUUGGUUAUUGAGAUUGGGCUGAAAAGAGGAUUGGGCUUUGGAGAGUUACAUUGGGCCUUAGCUGGUCCAUUAACUGUUGGGUUUGUGAUGGUAACUGGGUUUUGGUUGUUCUUUCCACAAUUUGUAAGGAACAAAAUUGAUGUUAGAUCUCUUGAGGAAGUCAAUGCUGUUUGUAGAUUUCUCAAAGGAAUGUUACCAUAAGCUUAAAUUAAUUAUUAUAUUUUUUUUGAGAAAUGUUAGCUUAAUUGUUUUUGGUAUUGAAAUUACAAUUUAUUUGUGGUUUAUUUUUAUAAUCUAAUCUAAGAGUGAAAUUUGCUCUUUAUAAUUUCCCCAGAUGUUUUCUCUAAUUACCUAACACUAAAAGAG